UUUUACACCUCCGAUAUCCUCCGAUGACGGCUGUGAUCGAGGAUGUCGAUGACGAUGUUUGUGCUGUUCAGGUGACGCGGGACAAUGUGCCCCAAUCCAAGAAGAACAAUAUUUGCAUCGACGAUGAUGUUGACGAUGCUGAGGAUGUUUGUGUCACGCACACAAAAACCGGUACAAAGCGUCCAGUGACGUUGGUGGAGUCUGACUCUGAAAGUUCGAGCUCAGGCAGCAACUCCCAACGUCGGAAAACGGGAGCUGCAGCCGCCACUGCACUGCUGACGGCUUCAAACCCCUUGGAUGUAGACGAGGCAGACAAGGUGAUCCACCGCAUCUUGUCGUUCCCCACGAAGUUUGCUGGGCCAUUGCAGCACGAGGGCGGCCUUGUGCAAGUCAUGGCCGAGUGUGAGGUAAACAUCAGCGUACAGCCCGGCGAUUCUAGUGACGCUACGGCGAUCAAAAUCUCCGGCAAAGAACAUGCGCUUGGAAGGGCCGUCGCGCAGAUAGAGCUCCAAUUUCAAGCCUUUGCUGAGGCCGAAAGGAAGGCGAAGGAGGAAGCUGAGAGCAAUUACAUGGAUCAGGUGAAAAUCCCUGAGCAACUCCUCUGCGGAGCCGUGGGACCCAAUGGUCGAGAUUUGCCUAAGGUGCGUGAGAAAUGCAAAGUGAUGAUUGCAUUGAUGCCACCAGAGGCAGGGCAUCUCACUGCGCACAUCGGUCCUGGUACAGAGGAGCAGGUGAAGUCUGCCAAAGCUGAGUUGCUACAAAGAAUUUCUGCUGCUGAGAAGGCGAAAGCAGAUGCUGCAAAUCCGUCCAGGUUUGGAUGACGAUGCAGAAUGACAACAAUUGUGAUGCAGUGAAGGUAAAGUUGCUUCAUUGCUUGACGUACAAUGAUGAUCAAUGAUGUACAAAGGAUGGAUACACAGCAAGGAAGGCUUCAAUAUAUCACCAUGCCUAAUGCUGGUUCGAAUUUGGGUAUGGUAUGCUAACUUUCCGCAGCAUUGUCACAUUGACAGCUGCCAAUCCGUACAGGCAGCUUUCUGCGGAAUUCCAAGCUUUGAUGGAGGACGUUGGCAAGUAGUAAAUCCAAAAAUGCUGCGUGCGCCAGUUUCAGUAGAAUUGAUAGUAAAAGGUGUAAAAGGCUACAGGCUGUCCUGCAGCGAAC